AAGAAAGCACGUGUCUUAUUUCUGGAAGAAGAAGAUUAGAGGAACCUGAGAGAUAAUCACCGGACAGCGGUCAAGCAAGUGGCAGUCGUUCAAUUCCCUUAGUCUUUAAGGAAUACCAAGAUAAAUACAGCUACUACUCUACCCGACCUGUUCUUUGUUGCGAGUCAACUUACAAACUUUCUCGUUGUUUUUUUUGUAAUUUAAGAAUGUCUACAAGAGGCGGAGGAGGACGAGGCAGAGGAGUUGGACGAGGAAGAUCCCGCGGAGGAGGUGGCAUGGAUACUCGCCGACCUGGCGAAGGAGCUCAAGCGGCUGCUCCUCGAGGCGUCCGCGAUCAAGAUGGAGGACAGCAGCAAGUUGGACGAGGAAGGGGACGGGCUGCAGCUCCGAUACAACCGCCACAAGAACAGCCUCCCCCGACUAGUACAGCGGCACCUGUACAACAAAUGCAGCAGAUGAGUCUCGGGGAGCCUAGAGGAGGAGGGAGAAGAAUUGAGAGGAGACAGGAUGAUGACAUUCACACUAAGCCUGAGCACAUCACCAACAAAAAAGGAUCCUUUGGGAACCAAACCCCUAUUAUGUCCAACUACCUUGUUCUUCGUAACCGGCCUGGCCAUGCCAUUUACCAGUAUAAUGUCUCCUACAAUCCACCGGUUGAGAAUAAAAGGAUGCGAUUGGCUUUACUCUAUCACCAUGAAGAGGCUCUUAUUGGCAAAGUCCACUCUUUUGAUGGGAUGGUCCUUUACUUGCCGCACCGUCUCCACAAUAAUCCUGAAGAAGUUAUUUCCAAGACUAAGGAAGGGGACACUAUCCACAUUACUAUCAAGCUGACAAACGAGUUGUCCGCUAACAGUCCAGUCUGCCUCCAGCUCUUUAAUAUUCUCUUUAGAAAGAUUCUUGCUAAACUGGAAAUGAAACAGAUUGGCCGUCAUUAUUAUAAUCCAAAGAUUCCAAAUAUCAUCAGGGAGCACAGCUUAGAGAUUUGGCCGGGUUUUAUCACCUCUAUUGCUCAGUAUGAGUCCAAUGUGAUGCUUUGUGCCGACAUAUCACACAAGAUCCUUCGUACCGACACUGUCCUGGAUCUGUUUCAUUCCUUGAAAAGUACUCGUGAUUUUCAUACUGAAGCAACAAAGAGUAUUGUUGGAGAGAUUGUUCUUACAAGGUAUAAUAAUCGUACCUAUCGUGUUGAUGAUAUUGACUGGGAGAAGACUCCAGCUAGUACCUUCAAGACAUCAACUGGAGAGGAAAUAUCAUUCAUUACUUAUUACAAAAAGGCUUAUGACCUUAAAAUCAGAGAUGAAAAGCAGCCCUUGCUUAUCAGUCGUCCACGCAAAAAGGAUGAAAUGGAGGCUCGUCGUAGAGGACGUGAUCCAGCUACCCUUGGCCCACUGCUUUUAAUACCAGAGUUGUGUACAAUGACAGGUUUGACUGAAGAAGCACGUGCUAACUUUAAGAUUAUGAGGGACGUUGCUACCUACACAAGACAGGCCCCACCGCAGCGAAUCGAUACUCUCAACAAAUUCAUUAAUGAUGUCAACACUAAUCCUGAUGUCAAGUCUAUACUCGGUGGUUGGAAUCUUGAGUUUGAAAAGUCUUUAAUAAAGUUUCAAGGGCGUACUCUGCCAACCGAAAAGAUUAAUCAGAAAGGUGGCUCUUAUACUUAUCAACAAGCUGGUGCUGACUGGUCAAGGGACAUGAGAGGGAAGUCCAUGAUAUCCUCCGUCAAUUUGAAGAACUACCUCAUCGUGUGCACUAACAGAGAUGCAGGAGUGGCCGAGGAGUUUAUUGGCACUAUAAAGAGGAUUGGGCCACCAAUGGGCAUCAUGAUUGAUGAGCCACAAGUUGAAGUACUGAGGGACAAUAGGACUGACUCAUUUCUACGUGCUGUGUCUGGACAACUUAGAGAUAAAUCAACUCAAAUGGUGAUUGUAGUUCUGCCCCAACAGAAGAAGGAUCUUUAUGAUGCUGUGAAGAAGCUCUGCUGUGUUGAUGCACCUGUUCCAUCUCAAUGCAUUGUUAGUCGUACUUUGUCUAAGAAGCAGACCCUGAUGAGUGUGGCUACUAAGAUUGUUCUUCAAAUGAACUGCAAACUUGGAGGAGAGUUGUGGGCACUUGACAUACCACUGAAGAAUUUAAUGGUAAUUGGUAUUGACACGUAUCAUGAUUCAGCUUCUAAGGGACGCUCUGUUGCUGCCUUUAUUGCGAGCACUAACUCAACUCUUACAAGAUAUUACUCACAGACAAUGUUCCAGCAGUCUGGUCAGGAACUUGGUGAUAACUUGAAGGCUUGCAUGACAAUGGCUCUGAAGAAAUACCAUUCUAUUAAUAACACGUUCCCUGAUCGCAUUGUUGUGUACCGUGAUGGUGUUGGAGAUGGUCAGUUACAUAUUGUUAAGGAACAUGAGGUUGUUCAGAUGCUGGAGUCAUUUAGCUCAACAUCUGGUGAUAGCUACAAGCCUAAGUUUGCAGUUGUAGUUGUCAAGAAAAGGAUCAACACUCGUUUGUUUGCUCCUGAUCAGCGAGGACAGCCCUCCAACCCACUGCCUGGCACUGUUGUUGAUGAUCAAGUCACAAAGCCUGACUGGUAUGAUUUCUUUUUGGUCAGCCAGUCUGUUCGUCAGGGAACCGUUAGUCCCACGCAUUUCAAUGUUAUUCAUGAUACAUCAGGACUGACUCCAGAUCACAUGCAAAGACUUACUUAUAAGCUCACCCAUCUUUAUUAUAACUGGCCGGGUACAGUGAGGGUUCCUGCUCCGUGCCAAUAUGCUCACAAGCUGGCGUUUUUGGUUGGACAGUCUAUCCACAAGUCUCCAAGCACAGCUAUUGCAGACCGCCUGUACUUCUUGUAGCCAGUGGGCGGCUCUCAUUAUGGACUACUUAAUCAUUUAAUCAUCAUUAUUAUAUAAUAUUCACUUAUUAUGAUCAUUUUGGUUCAGGACACAUUUUUACUAGGACGUGACAUUCAAAUUAUAACUGAUUCUUUUGAUGAUUUAAGUCAUUAAUGAUAUUUUGGUAAUUUGUCUUCAGCAUUCAUCCAAUAUAGUUCAAUUUAAAUUAA